AUUGUUAAAAACGCGCCGUCAAAAUGACCAAUAAAAGGAAACCUUUGAACGGAGCGGAGGAGGCGUCAGUAAAUGUGUGACAUCUAUGCAGAGCAGUUUCAGGAACUGUAGAGAAAGGGCGUAUGGUAGCCUAUUAGUAAUCGGCCAAACAGAAAGUCCCACAGUGGAACUGACAGCAGCUAGCGAAUUGAGCUCAGUGUAUGAGGAAACGCAACCAGAGGCAAGGACGAGAGUAUUUCUUAGCAUUACUGUCAUGUCAGUUUUAUAUUUAAAGACAGUGAAAUAUCACACAGAAUCAGCUGGAUUACUUUAAUUUUCCAUUGACGUCUGUAAACAGAAUUUGUAUUUGGACACGCGGAUAUCGUAGCGAAAUCAUCUGUGGACAGAGGAAGACAGUCGACCGGCUUCCAGCCUGCGUGGGUAACGUGUCUACGAUGGAUGGUAUUUUAUGUCACAAUUCGGCGGUCUGACUAAUCCGACUCACCGGGGACCGUUGAGUCAUUGGAUUUUUUCAUGGGAAGAUUAUUUCUCAAACGUUAGUAGGUUAAUGUAAACUUGUCAUUGACUUGCUGGGCUUUCCUGUCAUCCACGGAUCAUAAGACUCUUCGCUAUUUGUGAUAAAUAUCAAAAAGGAACAUCGCCCCGCAAAAACUCUCAACGGCCUUAAAGUUGACGUCUCUGUGGGAAACGUACAAGAGACUUACACCUGAUAAUCAGAUUAUGAAGAUUCAGUUUUACUGUUUCAAUGACGGGUAAAAUGGAAACCCCUUUUUAUCACGAUGACACUCAAAGUGUUCAAAACUUUGGACAUAUUCCAGAGUAUGAACGCUACCAGGGACACAAGAUGCUGAGUAAGAAAAACAUGGCGGCACAUCAUUUCUCAGGUGUCGUCGGGCCCCCCUCUGGUCUAAAACUCUUACAUGGCCAGCAUGGUAGCAAUGGCAAUAUCAAUCCCAAUAAUCUUGGGAUUAACAGUAACACAAACAACUCGCUAAUGCCCUCGACAGAUAUGAACCUACUGAAGCUGGCGUCACCUGACCUUGAGCACCUGAUCAUACAGUCUAACCAGGGUCUGGUAACAACCAGCCCGGUGCCCAACUCCAGCACCAACCCUUUCAUGUACAGGAACCAGGCGACCAACGAACAGGAGGGCUUUGCUGAUGGAUUUGUCAAGGCCCUGGCUGACCUCCAUAAACAGAACCAGCUUGUUGGAGGACCCAUGUCGCCUUCCUCCUCCAUCCAGUCUCCUUACCAGAGAAACAUCAUGUCGAGCGGAGAGAUGCCCAUCUAUACAAACUUGGGCAGCUACAACCCUGGUCAGAUCACAGUGUCCUCAUCGUACCCUGGGAGCCAGAUGCCCUAUCCCACUGCAGGCCAUGGCUCUGGGCACAGUGGACUGGGGCAGGGUGCCCAUCCUCACAAUAGGGGUCUGGAUGCCCCCCAGACUGUCCCAGAGGUACCCCACCCUCCGGGGGACCCCACCAGCUCACCACCCUCCCUCUCCCCCAUCGACCUGGAGACCCAGGAGCGGAUCAAAGCCGAGAGGAAGAAGCUACGGAACCGCAUCGCCGCCUCCAAGUGCCGUAAGAGGAAGCUGGAGAGGAUCUCGCGACUGGAGGAGAAAGUCAAGGUGCUGAAGACCCAGAACUCCGACCUGGCUUCCACCGCCGGCAUCCUGCGCGAGCAGGUGGCACAGCUCAAACAGAAAGUUAUGAAUCAUGUCACCAAUGGUUGCCAGAUUACAGUGAGCUCAGCCACUAUGGCCAAGAGAGGGGACAGCACCAGCUGCUGAGCAACUCUGGUGACAACUGUUUUUUUUUUUUACAAAAUCUGAUCUGCUCUGAGUCCGUGUUUGCAAAGGAACCACGGUGUGGGGAACGAGCGUUCGGAUAGUAAGCGAAAUAUGCCUAGGUAGAGAUGGGGACUACCCCACCGUCGUGUCUCGUCUCUGGUAGAAAUUCUCGCAACACAGUAAAAUAGUUGCGUUUGACUAUACACACCCACCUUCACUUGACACCUAUUUCUGCUACAGUGUGCUUUUAAAAAUGGGAUUUCACCCAACACAGCUAUAUUCAUGCUCAUCCAGAAGGUAAAUCAAAAGGGAAACGUGGUAAGAAGUGGUAAACGGGGAAAGGGGAAAACAAGAAUGCGCCCUCCGUAGUACCGAAUCAGGUAGAACGAAUGAGCGCAGGGCAAAAGGAGUGGGACUUGGGCUGCUUCCUGUUUUACAGGAAGUCAAAGACACCAAUACUACAAGGGUAUUAAACAUUUAGGAUGAAUCUGCGAUGUAUGCUUCAUCGUAGAAUGGGGAGCCUCUUUUUUUGAUCACCCUUUCAUUGAAGAUAUUGCAUAUAGUUCAGCAGACGAUGGAUGUUGCAUCUGGGGUGACCUUUGAACUGCUGUCCGCGAUUCCUUUUUUUUUGGUCAGUGGAGUAUGAGAUUACCUUAUCUUUAUUAUCGGCUGUACCAAACCGAGCAAAGGAUGCACAGUUUUACGUGAAGUAUACUGUGUAUACACGUGCAUCAAAGUUACGGCAAAUGGAAUUUCUUUGGAUUUUCAAAAGAUUUGUUGAAAUAACCCAAUGUUGAUUAACAACGAUAUUGGUUGUAAUUUGGUGUGUGAUAACAGUGUAGUUUUCCCAUUUGUUUGAAUCAUCUUGUGUCAAUGAUAGCAUAAUUAUGUUUGUUUAGUAUUGUACAAUGUGUGUAUGGGGUAAAAGAAAAUCUACUUUUUGAUGAUAAAGCUUAAAGAGUAUUUCAACUCUAAAUGUGUACUAAAUGACUGUGUUAAUGUGAGACUGCAGUUCCUGGUGAUAGACUAGUUUAAAGAGACCAUACCUUUGUACAAUAUCAUACAUGAUAGUAAUAGAUUACUAUUGGAUGUUAUUUAAAGCCAGUGCAUUGUUAAAAUUAUCUUUCAUUCAAAGCAAAGACCUUUUGCACUGUAUUUGCAUCUAGUACUUGGAGGAUCAGUUUUGACGGAUCAAGAACAUAUGCCAUGUGUUAAUCUUAAGCAAUGAUACUGUGUUAACCUUGGACAACACUGUGUCAGAAAGAUACUUUGAGAGAAAUUGGUGUUUAAGUUGCUGAAUUUAAGGACCUUUGGUAUAACAAAAGGGACGCAGCUCAGUAAAGCUAGACUGAAGACGUUAAGGGCUUUUGAUCAGUAAAAGAGGAAUUAGUCUUACUAAAUUUCUGGAGCAAUUUAUUUAUGCAAAAUAUUUCUUUGAUAUUUAUGUUGCCUGUGUAAUGAAAAUGCACAGGAUGUUUUUAGUGUCUUGUUGACACUUUUGGGAAAUAUGAUAUUGCACAUAAGUAAUAACAUUAAAUCAUGUCUAAUAUUUAUCUGUGGUUUUGACAUGGACUGUGUACAGUGUAAUGUUUCUGAAAACUAUUUGAUACUUUAUCUUUUUCUUUUUUUAUUCCUAAAUAGUGCAAGCAAAUAGAAUAUGACUGUCCACCCAUUAUUUGCUAUACUUUUAGUUUACUUACCUUGACAAGAAGUGUGAUAACGUUGACCAAACAAGACCAUUGAAAUAUACCUAUUGUGUUAAUUGAUGCUUAAACAUUCAUCAAAUCUAUACUGUAAGUUAUAUUACAUUUUUGGUGCACUGAAUUUAUUUUACUAAAAAGACAGUGUCUAAAUGGCGGUAUACUGUAUGUACAACUUUAUUCACAUCAAUUUGGGAACAAAUAAAAAAGGACAACAGACAGACAUUCAAAGCUGUCAAAUAGUUGUUUUGGAGUGUCAAUGAAAUAUUUAUUUUUGAACUUGAAUAAGGCUUUUGAUGUCACUAAUUAUAUUUUUGUAUAAAAUGUAUUCAAAGUUCGUAAGUACAAGGAUGAAUUUGAAUAGGCGAAAAUAACUUGUUCAUGUUAUUUCUAUAUUUCCAGUUUAUUUAUUACGGUCGAUGAUGAGGAGCUGUUCGUUAUCUUUUUGUGCAAAAGUGUGUUUACUUGGCGACACUACUCUUUGAUGGAUAAAGUUAUUUGUGUCAGUUUCAGUGAAAUUGUAUUUGAGAGUUUAAGGCUAUUUCUUUCUCCCAUUUCAAUGUCAGAUAUAAAAAAAUCUACCACAAAGUUACAUCUAAAUUGAAAAACAGUGUAUGACUCUUUGAUUCCCGACAAACUGCACUCUCCUUCUGGAAACAUUGGCGUUUGCCUCUAAGACUGCAUUCAUUUCAAUACCUAAUCUUGAAGUGUUUUUACAUGGUUUUGAAGGAAUGUCUAGCAAACAAGCACUGUCUUUGAGCCACUGUUGGCAUCAGUUGAACAUUUUAUAGUGGGCUUGGCACACAGAGCCUGUUUGAAAAUGUAACCCCUUUAACUUGUAUUCUUUCCAACAUGUGAGAGGUCCCCUUAAUCUCUAAACAUUCAGCCCUGUAGAUCAUGCCAAAGAUAAAGGAUAGUUAUUGAUACCUAUAGACUAGGUAUAUAGGUAUAGUAGUGUGUAUGUCAUUGGACUUGAAGCACCCUCUCUGCAGUAGAUGGGGGCAUGUUGAAGAAUUGACAUAUUUACAGUUCUGUGAAUAUCCAUUCAUUACCUAUUAAUGAGUUGUUAAUGGUGAGGUCUCCAGGAUAACCUGCAUAGCUCUUGUCAAAUUUCAUCCAAUCAACGAUUUCAUAUCUGCUUCUGUAAGAACACAGCCACAUAGUGUGUGCGCGGAAGAAAAUGACCAACAGGGCGACUUGCCUUGGUUUAUAUAACUGUUUUCACUGAUUGUUCGGGUUUACAAUAUGCUGUAAGUGUUCAUCGUUUCCUUGAAUGUUUUUUUAAUCUAAAAUAAAAGGUUUCUGAAAACAUGUUUUAACUUGUGUCAUC